AUGCCCGACCAACAUAAAUACACCAACAAGCUAUCUGGCUCCCGGAUCCUCAUAAUCGGCGGAACGUCCGGUCUAGGCUUCGGCACGGCCGAAGCAGCUCUCGAACACGGCGCAUCAGAGCUAAUCCUCUCCUCGUCCUCACCCACGCGCAUCGAAGGCGCAAUCACCAAGCUAAAGAGACUCUACCCAUCUUCAUCCGCAUCCAUAACAGGCCACACAUGUAAUUUCGCCGACGAAGAGACCCUCCCCGCGAAUAUCAAAGCCCUAUUCACUAAACUCGGCACACUAGACCACAUCGUCUUCACAGCAGGCGACGCACCGCUGCUAACACCAUUCCUGCAGACCGACUUCAAGAUGAUGAAGCAGGCAGGAAUGGUCCGGUUCUUUGCACCGCUUCUUGUUGCACAGAUCGGGUAUACUCAUCUUGCGCCUGGGCCCAAGAGCUCGAUUACACUGACGGCUGGGGUUUCCGGCGAGAAGCCGAUUCCUGGGUGGACGGUUACCAGUGCGUAUCUGAGUGGGCUGCAGGGGAUGAUGAGGGGAUUGGCGUAUGAUUUGAGGCCGGCGCGGGUUAAUCUUGUAUCGCCUGGUGGUGUGGAUACGGAGAUGUGGGAUGUGCUUGGGGCUGGCUCGGAGGUGAGGGAUGGGGUUGUGGAGGAGUUGGCGAGGGCGACUACAACGGGGGCUGUGGGGAGGGUGGAAGAUGUUGCUGAGGCGUAUCUCUAUUGUAUGCGGGAUUGGAAUCUAUCUGGGUCGGUGAUUAGCAGUAAUGGCGGUAGGUUGCUGGUGUAG